GCGAUUGAUAUGACCCACUCCAUUGGCUUCGUUGUCUAGAGAUCGCUGCCUUGCAUCUGGAGACAGCUGGUAUUACUUACAGAUGGGCGCGGAUGCUCUCUACAAGUCGCAUGGCGUCGCCCUCAUCCAACUGACUUCGGACCUCCAACUCCCGCCAGUGAAUCUCCUGCUCCGUGAGCGGCAUCGUCACACGAUCACGGCGUUCGGCCGUGUCACCUACUGCACCAGGGGUUGUGCUUGCACUCGCACCCGGAUUAGAACCACUCCGAGGAGCGGGAAUGAUGUGGUAGUGGACGUGCGGAACAGCCUGUGCAUAUUCUUGGUUACACACUACGUUCAGGGAUGUAUUUUGCAGGGCUCCGGCAAUAGCGCGCGAGACCUUGGAGACGACCAAACCGCAUGCCGCUGCGAACUCGUCCGGUAGUUCUGACACGCGCGGUAUAUGCAGCUUCGGUAUCACGAGCGUGUGUCCAGGCCGCAGGGGUGCGAUAUCUAGGAUAGCAAUCGUCUUGUCGUCCUCGUAUACCUUGUACGCGAGGCUCUUGCCAUGUAGAAUAUCGCAAAAAGGACAGCGCGGAUGCACCCUCCACGACUCCGGGAGAGCGCCCCGUUCCUCAUGCGCUUUGAGCACGUAAGAGGUCAUCGUGUAGUAUAUACAAGCGUCGAACUCGACGUAAGGAGGGUAAGAGUGAUUUGUGAAUGCGCGUUCACGAGGAUGAGAAGAAUGUAAAGACACGAGAUGGCGUGAGUCGGUAAGCCGUUCCCGACGGCCGUGGCGGCCGCCCAGCUGGGGAUUUGCCCCAGCUCUCUCCCGCCGGCAUAGCGCGUACCUGGACAUGACAUCCGCGCAAGCCUGCGUCCUGUUGCCGUAAGACGGUCACCACAACUCCUGGCGCCCUUUUUUCUCUUCUCAUACUCCGUGUUGCAUUUCCCCUGGGUUUCUGGACCUGUCUACUACAUAAGAACAUUGUCCCACACCAGGACGGCCUUCAGAUACGACCCUAAACACGCCGUAGCCGGCCCCGAGAUAUAUUGCCAAACUGUUGCGCGAUAUCUUCGAACAGACAAAAGGCGGGAUGUCCAGGGGCAACCGCGAGCCUGCUGGGAUCGACAACCACACCGAGCAUGGGGUGGACGAGUAUUACAAAAGAGUCGGCGCGACAUAUCGCAACCCUCAUUUUCCAGGUGUCAAGAGUUGUCUGUACUCAUGGCUGAACCGAUGGUGGAGAAUGAGGCAACCACAUGUCGAAGGGAAGAAGUUCCAAGUGUUCGACAUGGCUUGUGUCAGCGGUGAAGCCACUCUAGCUGUAUUGGAAUGGUGGAGAGACGGUCGUGCCGCGUUCAACGCCCGCCAAGGCAGUCGCAAAGGUGAAAGCUCAGAUUCCGAGGAUGAGGCAGCGCAUACAUCGCCCAUCGUGCAAGCCCGUCGGAUUCAGCCUAUCGGACCUGACAUGCCAAUGCCGUGUAUCCUUGCUGCCGAUCCGUAUACGGAGCAAGCCUUCCAUACUCGGACCUCUCUUUACGCACACCCGCUUUCCUUCAAAGACAUAGCUGAGGGCAAGCUCCCUGAGAUCGCAUCCAAACCCGUCGGCGCGCCGAAGCCGAACAACCCGCCGGAGAUAUCACCUGAGAGCUCGCUCCACGGGCACUCAUCUUUGACUUUGAGAAGCACGACGAGCAGCAGCAGCAGCGGAGAUCUGGAUAUCAUAGAGAUGGUGAUAUGUUCGUUCGCGCUACACCUGAUUGAGAAGCCGUCUGAGCUCUUCGCAUUGUUGUGGGAAUUGAGCACGAAGGCAAGAUGGCUAGUUGUUCUCGCUCCCCACAACCGCCCCGAGAUCAAGGAUGGAUGGGGCUGGUGCAAAUGGGACGUCGAAACGUGGUCUGAAUGCAGAAUGUCUGACUCUGUCGGAGAGCUUCUGGAAGACAGAGUCCACUGCCGCGUUUAUCGCAGCCUGAACGUCUGAGAUGAAGCGAGAUAGAUCGAAUGUUCAGCGAUGGUAACAUAUGGGGCAUCGUACGUAAAUUGGGCCUGGAGUCUCUAGGGUAAUGUGCUCCCGGCGGCGGACGGAGCCUUCUUGAAGCCACCAAGACGAUUGCGCGGAAGCAUCUGCAUAUCUGCGACCAAUCAUCCUGCACCCCAGAGCCAUUCGCUCAAGGGGCGCUCCUCGUGCUAUACCAGGUCGCUUCGCUUGCCGACUCGUGUGCGUCGCAUGUCCGCUCAAACCGCGCUACAAGACGCUUAGCGAGGUCGCUACCAUGGCGUUGUUCCAUAAGCUCGUGACGGGUUCCGUCCUGCGCGUUAUCGCAUAUAGCGCUGUUGCGCACGCAGGGGAUCACGAGCUGGGUUUCGAAUGGAUACUCAUGGAGCGCUGACCGGGGAAGACUCCGGACGACCUGUGGUCUAAAAUGUUUUGGGACGUGAAACAGUAGCUCGUCAAGUGCGGCGUUGGCAAGAUGCCAGAGAGUCGUCGACUGUCCGGCGUAUCGUAUAGAUGCCUAUUUCCCGAGGACAUCACUGGGACAAGCAGUUUGGUCAGUACGUCUCACGCGCACCCUUCGCCUCUAGUCACGGUUGGCUUUCGGCUCGGUUCGCUCUUGUACAGGUCAAUGCACCAGAUACGUCCCACUCGUCCAACGAUGAUGGCGAUCAAGAGUCGGCUGCAGUACGCAAACAUGGGUUAAGAGGCUCGCGCUCUUGCUCCCGCUUGUCUCCCCUGGCCGCUGGCGACUCCCCGCAAUCCCCUCGCGAACAUUCGGUCAUCCACCACGAUGAUAUGGUCCUUGAACGUGUAUUCCCACGGAACCUUGUCCAACAUUGUUUAUCGUCCGCCUUUCCCUUUCAAAAGGGUGUCAGCUCUCCUUCCGAAUACACCGCCUGCGCACGAUGCGCAGCCACUGCGCGAGGGGUACGUGACGAACGAAGACGGAUCCCUCAACGAAUGUUUUGGAGCAUCACAUGAGACCAAAGACGGCUUGGAAGGUGUACGUCGAGAUGGAGCGCGCAUGCCCCGAUCGGAAUUCCAAGUACCGCAGGGAGAUGCCGCGUGCCGAGUUCGAUACUGCGGCGGCCACUUACUGCGACAGCGAGUUCUCAGGGCUCCUGGUAGAGAGAUGGCGGGAUCAGGUGAAAGCUAUGCGAUCGGAGGCGUUCAGUGAAGGCUUGUCUAACAAGUACGGAUAUUUCCGGGCAGAGCUCUAGUACUAACAAAGCCACGAUUGGUCUGUCACGCUCAUACGUCAGGUUUGUAUGUCCACCCUGCCGCCCCCAGAUUGACGUAUAUAUAUAUGUAUAUUCAACCAGGACGGCACGGGUCUCAUCACCCCUCUGCCUUUCGCGAAUGCUCACCAUUAUCUCCAGACCAUUGUGGCGCUCAAAGUCCACACGCCCAUCUCAUAUAACGCCCGUUCUUGCCGGCAAUCUUGCCGUGUAUCUCGAGAGCCACGGGAGCGAACAGAGUUCGAUGGCCGCACGGUCUGUUCUUCUCGAAGUCACCCCGCGGAACUUCAUCACCAAAGCUAGCCCUAUGUGGCCACGUCCUCGUCCCAUUGCUCUCAGAAAGUAUAAAUACCCAGAUACCAACAGCCACAUCGCCAGUCGACUUGGAUUUCGAUUUCUUCAUACCACCAGGCCGCCCUCUCGAACUCAGGGGGACAACGGAGACAUGUCUGAAACGCACCGUCCGGGUUGGGCCAAGCCACUUGAUCCGUCCCUCUAUGCUCCAGAUGAAGAGGAAAAGGGCUUCAUGAAGACGACGACAGGCAUCCAGGACGAUGAAGAGCUCAAGGCGCACAUCUUGGCGGUUCAGAGCAAGGCAUUUGGGGUUUGUGAAGCGCUAUUUGUGUUGUACCAGGUAUUGUCUCACACGCUGGCGCAGUUCUACAAGUACCCAUGCAUCCGUAUGUUCGAGUUCAUGCGGUGCGUAUUCUACAUCUUUGGCACCGUGGGUGUCGCGGAGGCUGACGGAGUGGAUGGCCCAU